AUGCAUACCGAACGACCUCCUAGAAAGGUCCGAUGCAAAUUGCCAGCAGUGCUCAUGCGUGCCGGGACCUCCAAAGGCCUUUUCGUACACCGUCAUCAUCUACCUGCUUCUGAAACCGAUUGGACGGCUCCAUUACUUGCCGCAAUGGGAUCUCAUAACUCAGAUGCUCGUCAGGUAGAUGGUGUUGGUGGCGGAACGUCCACAACUUCAAAGGUUGCCGUAGUAUCGCCGUCAACACGUUUAGGUGUGGAUGUGGACUAUACGUUUGUUCAAGUCGCAGUUGGGAAAGGAAUGGUCGAUUUGAGUGGGAACUGUGGGAACAUGUGCUCGGGUGUCGGCCCAUUCGCCCUUCAAGAAGGACUUGUGCGUGCCAGGCCCGGGGACAGGACCAUUGAUGUUAAAAUAUUCAACACUAAUACAUCGCGGAUAAUUGUCGACACUGUUGAAAUAGAUGAGUUUGGCCAGUAUGAAGAAGAUGGUGACUAUUCAAUGCCGGGCGUGAAAGGAACUGGCAGCGAAGUCAAAGUUGCUUUCGUCGACCCAGCAGGGAGUAUGACUGGCAAGCUUUUCCCAACCGGGAAGCGUAACGAGACCAUCGUAGUGAAGAAGAGAAACGACAGUCCGUUCUCGGUCAGAGCAACCUUGAUUGACGCUGCCAACCCCUUUAUUCUUGUCGACGCCAAUACGCUACCACUACAUCUUCGCUCAUGUUCCAAGGAUUCAACCGGAUAUUUGGAGUACAUGGAGAUGAUUCGACGUACUGGUGCAGUUACAAUGGGCCUAGCAUCCAGUACUGAUGCUGCAGCCAAAGUGAGAGGAACGCCGAAGCUUGCCCUCGUUUCAACUACCGACGAUGCGAGUCUUCAAGUGCAAGCGUUCAGCAUGGGAAGACCUCAUCCGAGUCUACAACUGACAGGAGCAGCAUGUAUUGCUGCCGCAGUGUGCAUUGAGGGCACGGUAGCUCAUGAUAUCGCUUCAAAGUCGGGAACCCAGGCUGCGUGGCAGCUCUCAACACCUGAGAGGACCCCGAGUCCUUCUCUUUCGGACUCGAGUGAUCACAGCUGUCCUGUCCUUCCCGACAGGAAGACUGUUAGCAUCGCGCAUCCGAGUGGAUUAAUCACUGUCGAUGUCUCUGCCGCGAGCUCGCCUGAAAUAGCGGUGGUGGACCGAUGUAUUGUUUCGCGCACGGCUCGACGAUUAUUCGAGGGGAACGUGUACUAUUAUCAAGAUGCAGCGCAAUGUCAGGCCUAG